GGUUCGGCGAGAGCGGCCAUUUUGAGCCGAGCCCGGAACGGAGCCUCGAUGGCCGGGCAAUCGCGGGCCUGCGGCCGGGACUGAGCGCGCCAUGGACGUGCGGAGGCUGCGCGUCAGCGAGCUGAAGGAGGAGCUCGGCCGCCGUGGCCUCGACACCCGCGGGCUGAAGGUCGAGUUGGCCGGGCGGCUGCAUGCGGCGCUAGAAGCCGAGCAGGCCCGCGGAGCGCCGGGACUGGGCUCCGGCGGGGAGCCGCUCUCCGACGGACACUAUGGCAUCCGUGACAACACUCACCAAGACAACCUGCAAGGAUACCAGCCUUUUGAGCAUUUCAAUAUUAAACAGGAGAAUGAAUUGGGUUUUGAGCGGGCACCUCUAGGCCAAGAUCGAUCAGAAAUGAAGACAGAAUUAAAACAGGAGGAGUCAGCUCCCAGCCACAACAUAUCAGCAUCUGGUUACGCGGCGCCCCCCUCCAACUACAGUUCUUCCGGUUCUGGCUACGGUGCCUCUGCUUCAUUUUACAAUCCAUCCCCUUCCAUUUAUAACACCUCAGACUCCUCUCAGCCCUGGCAGCAGCAGCAGCAGCAGCAGCAAGGUCACAAGAGGUCAUUUGAGGAUUCACGGGGGCGCGGGUAUUAUGAAUAUCGCGAGGAUAAAAGGGGUCGAUCUCCUCAGCCACCUGCUGAAGAUGAUGAGGAUGAUUUUGAUGACUCGCUGGUGGCCAUUGAUACGUACAAUUGUGAUCUCCAUUACAAAGUUGCCCGUGACCGAUAUAGUGGCUACCCUCUGACCAUUGAAGGAUUUGCUUUCCUCUGGUCAGGCGCACGAGCGACAUACGGUGUGCGACGUGGAAGGGUGUGCUAUGAGAUGAAGGUCAACGAAGAGAUCUCUGUCAAACACCUUCCUCCCAGUGAACCAGAUCCCCACGUAGUGCGUAUCGGUUGGUCACUGGAUUCAUGUAGCACUCAGUUAGGCGAAGAGCUUUUCUCCUAUGGCUAUGGAGGUACUGGGAAGAAAUCCACCAACUGCAAGUUUGAAAAUUAUGGUGAAUCCUUUACUGAGAACGAUGUCAUCACUUGUCUUGUGGACUUCGAGUGCGGUGAUGAUGUUGAAAUGUCCUUCAUGAAGAACGGGAAGUGGCUAGGGGUGGCCUAUCGCCUGCGGAAGGAGAUUCUGGGAGGCCAGGCCCUUUUCCCCCAUGUCCUAGCGAAGAACUGUGCCAUCGAGUUCAACUUUGGCCAAAGGGAGGACACCUUCUUUCCAGUUCCACCAGGAUUCACCUUCAUCCAGCACCUUCCCCUGUCCGAACGAGUUCGGGGCACAAUUGGACCAAAGAGCAAAAAGGAAUGUGAAAUCUUGAUGAUGGUGGGGUUACCUGCCGCUGGGAAGACUACGUGGGCCAUUAAGCAUGCUGCAGCCAAUCCAGGCAAGAAGUAUAAUAUUUUGGGAACAAAUGCCAUUAUGGACAAAAUGAGGGUAAUGGGACUCCGACGGCAGCGCAAUUACGCUGGCCGCUGGGAUGUUCUCAUCCAGCAAGCGACACAGUGCCUGAACCGCCUGAUCCAGAUUGCAGCACGGAAGAAGCGGAACUACAUCCUGGACCAGACAAAUGUUUAUGGAUCUGCCCAGAGACGAAAAAUGCGCCCUUUUGAAGGUUUCCAACGCAAGGCUAUUGUAAUUUGUCCCACGGACGAGGAUUUAAAAGAUCGGACAAUAAAGCGGACGGAUGAAGAGGGGAAAGAUGUGCCCGAUCACGCAGUGUUAGAAAUGAAAGCCAAUUUCGCCCUGCCGGAAGCUGGCGAUUUCCUCGACUCGGUGAUCUACGUCGAGUUGCAGCGGGACGAGGCAGAGAAACUGGUGAGGCAGUACAACGAGGAGGGCAAGAAAGCGGGCCCGCCCACCGAAAAGCGUUUCGACAGUCGGGGCAGUGGGGGCGGCUUCCGCGGCCGAGGGGGCGGCGGCGGCGGAUUUCAGCGCUUUGAUAAUCGAGGCCCGCCCAUGGGCAACCGAGGCAGCUUCCAGAACCGAGGCGGUGGAAGCGGCAGCGGCAGCGGCGGUGGUACCGGUGGUGGUGGAGGCUUCAACCGAGGCGGCUACACCCAGAAUCGCUGGGGAAGUGGAAACCGAGACAACAACAACAACAGCCGGGGCAGCUACAACCAGAACAACCAGCAGCAGAGCAGCUACAGCCCGGCCCGGGACCAGAACCCGUACAAGGGCAGUGGCAUUGCCCCUGCCCCCCCGGCCCUGGCCCCGGCCCCUGCCACCAACCCCCCUCCAGGCUCAUACAGUCAAGGGCCACAGCAAAGCUACAGCCAGCCCUACAGCCCCCCCUCCAGCUACGGCCAGGGGGGCUACGGAGCUCCCAGUUACAACUAUGGAAGUUACGGCAGUUACAGCCAAAGUUACACCCAGCCUCCGCCGCCGCCGGCCCCCACCCCACCAGCCUACAAUCAGCCCAACUACAACCAGUACCAACAGUACACCCAGCAGUGGAACCAGUACUAUCAAAACCAGAGCCAGUGGCCUCCGUACUACAGCAGCUACGACUACGGGAGCUACACGGGCACCUCGCAGGGAGGCUCGAGCACGCAGUGAUCGCCUGGGGUCGUUCCCCCCCCUCCCACCGGGGAAGGGAGCAGCAAGUUCUUAACGAUGACGGGCAUUUCUGAGUCUCGAGGGAUCUGGGAGGGAAGUUGGUCGUCAAUGCCCUGGUUCCCUCUUCAUAGUUCUUGAGGAUGGUUGCAUUUUUACUUGUACAGCUAGGCAUGUUUCCCCACUUUGUACCAUCCCUCAUGAGGAAGUUACAUGGUUCCUUGUCUCUCCUUGUUGAAGACCAUUUUACCCCCCCCCCUUUAUUUUUUUAGAUUUCUUUUAUUCCAAAAGAAGCGAGCGUCUUCAACGUCAUACCCUUGUACUUUUUAGGCCAGGACCCAUCCAGGUAUCUAAACUUCCUACAGUAGUUAUGGGCAGCAUCGGAAGGGGUGUGGUCAGAAAAGUCAAGAGGGCAGUCACACUGCACAUAAAAAAAUCGGCGGAGCUUGGAUCACGUUGUCGUGGCCACCCUCUUGACCUUUUGGACCACGUCCUGCCAACCCUCCCAACUCUCUCUUUUCCACCCCACCUCACACAAUCUGCUAGUGACCCUAAAUUUCAGACAUUUUGGAAACUUCUUGCAGUUUGGCGUCACCUGUCUUUGAGGUGUUUUUAUCUGUCUUUUUUGCAAAUAACCAUUAAAACCGGAGAGGAGAAAACAUGGCUCUUAUGAUAAUUAUGAUUUUUUUUUAAAAAAUAUUUUUUCUGUAACUUUUUACUGUGGGUCAGUAGCUGUUAAUACCUUCAUCGAGAUAACAAUUCUUUUUGUUCAAUACAGGAGAGGAAAAAACAAACAAGGGGGGGAAAUCAUCUUAAAUGUGUAACUUUUUAUACAAUGUUUCAGUUUCUGUAACUCUGAACCUGCUUUGUGUUGAGUUGAAUUGUAACAGCUUUUUGUAUUUGAAGAAAAAGAAUGAAUAUUGAACUUUA